CUGGCUUCUAAUAUCCCAGCCUCGUAAUUGCAACCUCUCACGGCUUCGAGGAUGAAACCUCAUCCUGUCUCCGGCGAAGCUUCUCGUCCCAACGACUCCGCUAAAUCUAUUGGCGACAAGCUCCGACAAGUCUACCAGGCAGCUGUGGUGGCCGUCACCGCCGACUCUCUGAAGCAGCCUAGGCUUCUCUUGCGUAAUCAAACUGAGAGACGGGGACGGAGCCACCGUGCGAGCGCAGACGAUCCGAUUAGAACCUUGAUGUUCUUGGGAUCGUGGAGUCACACUUGAAGCAUCGAUCAAAACUAAACCGCCUUUUAUUGAAACGCUUGAGUGAAGUGAAAAGAGAACGAUGCAUCUAUGAAAAACUGAAUCCAUAUGCAAACGGUGUAAUAUAUUGUCAAAUAAAACGCAGUAGAUGGUGUAAAGAUACUUACUAGGCUUUAACAGACAUGAGGGCCUCUUUCAAGUUUAUUUUUGUAUCAUCAAUGACUUGAUUGAUCGUUUGAUUGUAUAGUAUAUACCCUACUCGAAUAGUCAGGAUAUUUAGUUAAUAAGCAAGGUUUUGUCCUAAUAAUGAAUUCUAGACUAGUAAAGCAGUUGUAGCUUCUAAAUUACAAGGUUAUGGUUGCAUUCUAUGCUAUUUGCCGUUAUUUC